AUGACAAACGAGUAUUACGAGGCACGGCGGAGUUCCAUUACACUUCCUCUUCCCGGGACGAAGUUUCGCCCAAGUGUGGUGGUGGGUGUAAUUGAGGAGGUGUGUCGCUCCCUUGUGGGGGACCGACCGUAUGUGUACGAUGAGAUUCAGGUGCUAAUCAAAGAAAUCUGUAGCGAGAUACAGCAACGUGUCGUGCGUCUCGGGUACGAGCGGUACAAAUUUGUGACGCAUGUCACCAUCACUGAGGCCGCACAUCAGGGAAUGCGGAUUGCUUCUCGAGGGCUGUGGGAUCCUGUGACGGACGGUUAUGCGGCGUACACGCAUUCAACGGAGUCCAUGCAUGUCAACGUUGUUCUCUACGCGCUUUAUUGGGAAUGA